AUGAGAUUUUUUAAACCCAAAAAAGAUCCAACAUUAGACGAAACUUAUGGUUACUUAGAAAAAAAUGUAAAGAACAUUGAUGAAAAUAUUGAAAAGUAUAACAAAGAACUAAAUAUAAUUAAACAAAAAAUUGAAGAGGAGAAGAAAAAAAAUCCUGUUAAUAAAUAUGCUAUUGAUAAUUUAAGAACUAAAGCUGCAAAUAUAAUAAAGAAAAAAAGAAUAUACGAAAGUAAUAAAGAAAACACACUUGGAAUUCAAUUUAAUAUAGAUCAAAUAAAAUUCGCAAAUGACAAUGUUCAAAUGUCUAUUGAUACAUGCAAAGCUUUAAAAAAUACAAGCAAAAUAUUAAAAAAAAACAUUAAAAAAGUUAAUAUCAGUAAGAUAGAAAAAUUACAAGAUGAUAUUCAUGAUUAUAUUGAGGAGGCAAAAGAAAUUGGAGAAAUUCUAUCCUCAUCCUACGAGAUACCUGUAGAUUUAGAUGAAAAUGAAAUUGAUGCUGAACUCUCUUUAAUAGAAGAUAGUAUACUAGAUGAAAAUUUAGAAGGAGAAAACAUAACUAAUUAUUUAGAAAAUGAGAAUGAAAAUGAAAAAAUGUUACAAGAAGAAGCAUCUGUGACUGAAAAAAGUGAUCCAACUAUUCAAAAUGAAGUAAAACAUACAGAAAAAUAUUUUACACAAAAAGAAAGCUAA